CAAAUAUGCAAAUUUACGAGUUCACGACACUGGCACGGAAAGAGGAAAGAAAGCGUCGUACUGCAUAUGAAAUUUAACUGAGAUCGCUAAAAUAAAAGUGGAUUUUGUCGCUUUUGAUGGAAUAAAAUUCGAUGCAAUUAUGACGGAAAAUGUCUUCAAAGCUCCAAGAAAUAAAAGAUUGCUGAAUAGACGCGAUUAUGAGCCAGGUGGUAUUUCACCACCAAAGAAAGGGAGAACCAAAGAUGAUUUCUACACAUUCUGCUCGUGGGUCCUGACUUAUACUCAGUAUGAACAAUGGAAACAAGACGAACUGAGAGCACGAGAUAACACUAGCCCAAUGGACAGUGCAUCUAGUACUGCAGAAAGUUACACAUCUGAGUCAACAUUGUCAUCCAGCAGCAAGGAUGAUAGUGGGCAUAACAUAGAUCUUCAAGAUUCAGAUGACGAGAGUUGGGAACUUAUCACAUGUUUCUGUAUGAAGCCAUAUGCAGGACGACCUAUGAUUGAAUGUUCACAGUGUAAUACUUGGAUCCAUUUAUCAUGUGCAAAAAUUCGCAAAUCCAACAUACCUGACACUUUUGUGUGCAACUGUUGUAAAGAGAAACGGUUCAAAUCGCGGAAGUCAAAUCGUGUGAGAAUUGAAAACAAGCGGAUCACCAUAUAGCCCAGGCUUUGUUUUAUUCAUGUUAUGCCACUGUUGUUAAAUAUGAUUAUUUUGUAUGUUUGUUCAAUGUUAAUCGUGAUGUUUUUAAAUGGUGCAGAUAAAUUAUAUACUUGGUCUUGUCCCUCAUAGCAUUAUGAUUUUCCGUCAUUUUGAGGAUUUCAACUAAAUUUUUUUUUCAUGCAAGCAGAGUUAUUAGAAUAAUCUGUUCCCUAGAAGCAAACAUAAGCCUAAACAAUUGAGGGAUCAUAGAUAUAUUUUCUUAACUGUAAUUGUUAAAAGGGAAAAUAGCUUAUUUAUUUAAAGGUUAAAAAUGUUGGGGUUUUCUAUGUAUUAAUACCUUAAAUUUCAAUUUGUAAUUUGGUAUGACUCUCCACCUAAAUAUUUUAAAAAAAAUGUUAUAUGGCAGCAUAUAUUAUUUUGAUAUUCAGAAUUGAAUAUUUUGAACAAUGCCUAAGUUAACAUCUAUUUUUGUUAUGUUUUCUUGAAUAGUGAUACUUCAAAGACAUAUAUUCCAUUUGAACAUGGCCUGACUAACAAGUAUUAAAAAGUUUGUUCUUUUAGGGUUGUUUAUGUGAGGUCUGAAGGGAUUAUAUAAAAAUGCAUUGAAAUUUACCAAUUAAGCACAUUUUAAUUCCAUUAUAAACUAUGUCUUGUAAUCAUUCUAGCAAGGUUUACAUUUUAAACACAUUCAUGAUGAAGCAUGUACAUUAGGAAAUCUUUGUCAGACCUAUUGUCAUAUGCUUUUAUCCAUGAUCAUGAUUAUAGAGCCUAAAUCUUUCAACUUGUAAGUACAGGGCUGCGUUUCAUAGGAAGUCCUAAGUGUAACCUAAGUCCUAGACUUACGACAGACUAAAUGACUAAUUUGAAACCACUUCAAUAAAUAUUUUCAUCUUUAGUCAAAGUCUUGGACAUUUUUUUAGUUCAGUCUUCUGUGAAAAAGUACAAAAUAAACAAUGGCACCUGCUUCAACCAUCAAUGUGUAAAUAUGUUAAUCUGCAUUGCUUUUUAGAAGAGUCACAUAAGUUAAGACAUUUUCUUGAUAUGAAAAUUGUCCCAGAUUUGGUCAUAGGACAUAUUUUAGUCUUAGGUCUUACCGUGAAUUGCAACCCUGAUUUUUGUCGUUAAUAUCACUGUUCUACUUUGUCGUACAUUUCAUCUUUUUAAAAUGGGUUUAUGUAUUGGAAACAUGUGCUCUCUUAAAAAAUUGUGCAGUUUAUUUACAUUCCAUGUUCUUAAUGACCUGAAAAUGUAAAAAUCAAAACAGUAUAAGGGAUAUUUUGAUGCCAGUUUGCUUUUACAGACUAAUCUAUUUAUAGCAAAUAGACCCUUUUGAAAAAGUUAUUUUCUUAUAGAUGAUCUCUGAAGAACUGGCAUUGUGCUGUAUAAUUGUUCAUAUUGGACAUUACACUGAUUGUGUUAAGGGUAUUGUGCUAUAUUGAGGUGUCCAUAAUUAGCUUAAUUUUAGUUUUGUAUUGUUUAUCAUACUACUGUAAGUAAAUUGAACAAAUAUUGUUUGUAAAUUUUUGUGACAUUUGGCGGGACAUACUCUAUCUAAAUCAUCUUGAUAUACUGCUUUAUGAAAGUCUAAUUGAGUGUUCUUGUUACGGAGGGUUUAAAUUCUUUUUAUAGAAACACUCACUGAUAAAUUUUUGGGGAAAUGACAUGAAAGUACCUUGAUGUUACAGUUUUUGAAAUAAUGUAGCAAAUUGUUACAUUGUGUUACACUCUUUGAUUAUGUUCUGAAUUUAUAAAUUGUCUUUUGCUCGAUUGACUAUAAUAAUGAUUAUAAGCAACAUAUUAAGGCAAAUGACUGCAAUGUCAUCUGAUUUUUAACUUCAUAAAUUGCAUAGCUAUGAAAUGAUUGCCUCCUCAUUAAUUUUUCCUUUUUUAUAAGCAUUCAUAAAUUGGCUUAUCUUAUUGACAAAUGUAUAUCAAUGUGCUAAACCUGUUACACAGGUGCCUGAUCAGUCCCUUAUAUACAUGUUGUUAUUUUUUAAUACACUAUAUGUUUUACUUUGUAGAGAUUAAUUAAAACAAGUGAUCUAAUGUAUUAUUUUCUGGAAAUGAAACAUUUUUGAAUAAUUUUUGCUUUCUGGUAAACUUUGCAACAUGCUAUACUUUUAUGUUCAUUUUACUAAAUAUAGAUGGCAUUUCCUUCUAAAAGAAUAAAAUAAUAAAUUAAACUGGGCUUAAUUGAUUUCAGCAAUAAUGCUAAAGUAGAUGAAAUGUUUGUUGUAUUACAAUGCAUGUGCUUAAUACUAGUGAAUGACCUUUACAAGCCUAUGUUAUUCUGAUCAAUAAUUCAUAUAGAAAAAUGGCAAACUAUG